AUACAGACACAAAUUAGGCAUUUAUAAGCUACUUGUUGGUCUAUAAUUGUAAUGUGUGGACAAAGGCAGACAUAGACAGUAGAUUCAAAUGCAAUAUUUUUUUAAAUAAAAAAGAUAUGGGCUAACAAGAUUAUAAGACACACCUGGAGAGACAAUCAAUAAGGAACCAAUCAACUUAAGAACUACAAAGAACUAUAAACACGAGACUUAAAAUACAAGUAAAAGUCCAGAGUACAUCGAAAUGCAAAAUUUUAUCCAGUGUUUAGAACAUUUAGAACAUUUCUAAAUUAUACAGUUCCUGUUUUUUUAUUACAAGAAACAAUAUAUUAUCAAUAGAAGUUCUUAUUAUUUACAAGUGGCAAUUUGACAAUAUUUUGUGAGAGAACAUUGUUCUCAUCACACCACACAGUUACAGGAUGUUUUUUUAAUUGUGUGACUCACUGUAGCUAGCUUUUGUAUUGGUUAAAGGAUGGUAUUACAACCCAUCUUGUGUUACAACACUUUGUGGUCUCCCCUUACAGGGAAACAGAAAAAGAACCACAUAGUUUAUGCUUAAGGCUUAUCAAUCAACAAAUAUCAAUCUGAACUGAAAUUAACCCUUUGAAUUGCAAGAGUAUGCACUGUCAGAAGGAAAAGCAGGCCUACAAAAGCGAUCACUGGGACACUUCCCUUUACAAAAGUCCUAAAACGCACCCUUUAGGUGCAAAGGUGUACUUUUUGAAAGGGUACCACCCUAGUGAUAGAUUUUGUACCUUUUUUCUGAGCAUGUGAUAUAAGAUGAUUCAGUAUACUUAAAAGUGGAAUAACACCUUAAAUAUAAAAGGUUAACUUGGCAAAUUGUAAAAGUAGAACCUUGCUACUUUAAUUUAACAAGCCAACCGAACUAAAAAGCAGAAGUUUGUUAUGUAAGGUUCUCAAUACGUAAGGUUCUCAUUGGUAGUAUCAGAAUAAACACUUAUAAAUACAUUUAACCCAACACUUUAUAUUAAAGCCCAGGUAUAAGCCAAUCUAUUCUGUCUGCACAGGUGAUGACCGAAUUCAGUCUUUCGAAUGUUAAGUCUAUUCUUCAAUAUGGUGACAUGUAAAAUAAAUAAACAAAUUUUUUUUAAUAUAAAAGUAUUAAAUGUUAAAGUAGUACAUCUCAAUUAUAAAUUCACUGUCACUCAGAGUAUAUUAUUUGCAAAAGAAUUUUACCUAAAAGAUACUUUUAAAACAUGUUAAAGGCAAAACAUUGCUUCUCACAGUUUCUCAACAUUUCACAAAAGGAAGUGUUUCAAAGCUACUGGGAGAGCUUCGAGACCACACAACUCUGAAAACAUGCAAACUGACAAGAUCUUAACAGUUUAAUACUAGAUUCAUGUCUAAAUAGCAUUGUAUAUAGUUAUUUUCAUUUUAAAGAAUAUUUAAGAAACCAGUGUAAAGAUGGAAACCACAGAGACUGUUGCUGCCAGAAAAUCAUUCAUUGUGGUGAUUAACCUGAUUGGAUGGAUGGUGUUAAUAUCAGCUAUUGGAUUAGGAGUCAUCCAUUUGUAUGAGUGUCCUGUUCAACCAAACCUUCCCAUCUAUCUGACUGUGACUGGAGCGAGUGGACUGCUUUCAAUGCUGCUGAUAUACAUCAGGAACACUAUGGAUGACUGUCUUCUUGCUCGUGUCUGCAGCGUUUUCAGCCUGACGCUCUACGUAUUCAUUGUGUGCUGGUUUAUUGCUGGUACAUACUGGAUUUACUCUGUAUAUCCUCCAAACUAUGACCUCACCAGUGCUACCAACCACUGUCACCGAACAAUGUACCUGUUUGCAUUUUGGUUUAACAAUCUCUGUUUUCUCUGUUUGUCCAUAUUGCUUGUUUUUUGUAUCUAUGCCAUCCUACACAACUUUGCUAUUGCCUUAUUUUACAAAUAAAGCUGAACCUGAUGUGUACACCUCAUGUACAUUUAAUAAAUGAAUAGAUUUUGUUAUAGUUUUUAGUGGUUAUUAGUG